GGAAAACCAAACCAAAAAAAAAAAAAAAAUCGUAUUUCGUAAAAAAUCCUUUCGGGGCCGAGUAUAAUUUGGUUUGUUUACUUGUUGUGAAAUUUAUGAAAUAGUAUCUUCAGGUUUUUGUAAAAUAAAUUAUGGCAACUAAAGUAGUUACGUACGUAGGCCGAACAACAGAUUUCAAGGGCAAAACCCUUUGGGAAAUAGUGGGGAGUCUCAAAAAUUUUGGUGUUGGAAGGAUUGUGCGUCGGUCCGUCUUCCAGCGCUACCCUGAACCAAGUUUCAUGAAAAUUGUUAAGGUGGAAACAUGUCCUGAUGAGGAAAGGCGCAGAGUGCGAGUUUGGGUUGAGAAGACAUUUAGGGGGUACAAAUUGCCUAAUGUGACAGAAAUCUACCGGACGUCCUACAAACCUGACUACCAGUUGGUUCCAAAGAAUGAAGAAGCAAAACUUUUAGAUUCUGUGGAGAAAGAACAUUAUUUCCCUGAACAAAUUCUUCCCAGAACUAUUGAAAUGCCACCUUUGAUGAAGAAGUUUAUUGUCAAAGAUCAUGAAAAGAAAGGACUUGAGGUCAUGAAGGAAUAUGUCCUACCUCUCAGCUACAAUCAUAGCCCCAACAGAGUGCAGCGCAUUGCCAAGGAGGGUGAGAAACCCACCAUCGAAUUCACAAUGAAACUAGGAAAGCCCAUUAGUCCAUCAUUAUAUGAAGGAGUGUCCUUGAACUAAAGUAGAAUAUGUACAUUUUCUUGUUAUAUAAAAUAAAUAGUCAAAUAAUUUAGAAUAAAACAAUUUAUCAGUUUAUAGAA